UUUACUCUUUGUGGUCUAACUGUGUGCAUAUUAUCAGCAGCCAUUUUCAAUAACAUUGCGUUCAAGAUGGCUAUGGCAGAAUUAUUAGCAGAUAUAAGCGAUUUAAAGCUGAGUGCAGGGUCCCUAGAUGUCAGCAAAAUCGGUGCACGAUUCAACCAGUGGGUAAAACCAAUCGCUAAAUUUACAACUUCUGACAGUGAAUGGCUUAAACAACUGAGAGCAUCGCCCUAUAUUGGAGAAAUUGAUUUCGGAUCGAAAGACUGGGCAAGGUCUCGGGAAGCCGUUGAUUACUUCAUGGACAACUUACUGAUAGAGAUGAGAAAGGAAGCAGAUAAAUUUGAACAUAUAAAGCUAGAAUCAUACGUCCGCCAAGGCAGUUCAAGGGAUGGUCUGAAAGUAAUUGCGCCUGAUGAGUAUGACACGGUGGUUCAGUUUCAUAUACAAGGCACCCACAUCAAACACGUCAAGGUCACAAAUGAUAAAAACGAAACAAUCCCUGGAUUUUGUUAUAUGCAAGUACAUGAUACGAUGGAAAAGCUUGAAAAGAAAAUGCCUCGACUAUACAACAAACAAAUCUUUGAGAAGGUCGGUGAUGUUGUUUAUGUCAACACCAAGAAUUUACACGAAAGGGUUCUCACAUCGAUCGUUGAUAAAGCAACCCUGGCGGUGGAAGCAACUUUAAAGACAAGAGAAAACGUCAAGUUCAGCAUUAGACGAAAAAAGAAACCACCAGCUAUUAACAUUACACUGUUGCUAAAUGACGAAGCCCAUGAGGCCUUGAUGAAACAAGGAAGAAUGAAAAAUAAAGUGGAUUCUAUUAAAGAGAUCGAUCUGGAUAUAGUGCCUGCCCUAAAGCUCAGUGUCGACGACAGCACCAGAUACGAAGAUAUUCCUCUGAACUGUCCGAUUCAUGCUGUUUGCAAAUGGGUAGAGGGUGAUAUGGUCCGAAUGCUUGAAUUUAUUCCACACAAGCCGCUAAUUUGGCACGUAAACUCCUCUAGCUACGAGAGGCAUAUGCUUGAUGUAGCUAGAACUUCAUCAAAAGGUCAAUGCAUUCUCACAGCCUUGCGGAUAAUGAAGACGUACUUCGUUAGAACGAAGGCCAUAGCUAAAGAAAAUAAAGAAUCACCACAGCAGCUUGUAAGUGUUCUCAAGUCAUACAACCUCAAGCAGAUAGCUUUUUACGAGAUCCUGUUUGCGUGUCACUUGAUUCCGACGAUACCGAUAGAGAACACACAACAAGCGCUUCAAUUCUUUGUGUUCCUUCUUGAAACAUCACUUUCAUCUCAGCGCUUGCCACAUUUCUUCUAUUCAAACUCGUUGGUUUCAAAAAUGUUUUCGGGUCUUCCUGCUCAAGAAAGAUUGAAAUACAACCUAUUUAGAAAAGCGGCAUCGGAUUCUCUUGUCCAAGCGUUGAAAUCUCUGCAGAACCAUUGCAUGCCAAAUGUGCAUCUCCCGAGAGUACAGCCAAAUAAAGCAAUUGCCAAGGCACUGACAAUGUUCAAGUCAGAAAUAGAACGUGGACCUUACUUUUGAUAACAACUCGAUUUAUGAUGCAAGACAGGUGGAUUUAUUUAACAUUGCAAAUGACGAUGAUGGGGAUGAAUGUGAACAACACUUUGCAUGAACAUGUGUGCGUGUGUGUGUGUGUGUGUGUGUGUGUGUGUGUGUGUUUAUGCGUGUGUGUGUGGCGCGUGUGUGUGCGUGCGCGCGCGCGCGCGUGUGUGUGUGUGUAUGUGUGUGUGUGUGAGAGAUGUAGCAAUAUAAAGUGAUUAUGACGUCAACACGUCUUUCUUUUAGGGGAGGCUAGUGUACAUAUGUAAAAUAAACAUUAUAAUAAGUGCUAGUUUUGGAGGGAUACAAUUUAUGUACGUUACAACCCAGUAUCGUUAUAUAAAUGAUAACGUGUAUGCAUGAAUAAGCUUUGCAUUUGCACCUCACCAUUUAUAAGUUUCCCUGUGUGUUUCAGUUUCAAUUUUUGUCAGCAGUCUUAUAUGACUGGUUUCCUUGCAUUUUCGUAUAAACUGGCUCGUUCCAAGACAAAAAUUAAAAAAAAGUUGUCAAAACGUUCAAUCUGUGAGAGUGCAGCUUUAAACCCCGGCUUCAUAUUCGCAAAUUGAUCAAAAGGGUUGAUCAUUUCCAGAAACAAUAUUAUAAUAAUUCAAAAUUCCUCUAAAUGACAUUUGCAAACAUAAUUCAUAUUUAAUUAAUUUUCAUUUUGUUCACAAGUUUCAGAUAUCAUAUACAAUCGGGGAUGUGAACAGUUUAUAUCGGGUUUAUUCUCUUUGCGGGAUAGACGUCAUGCGUGUGCGAAACGCCUCGGGUAUUUCCAUCAAACGUCAUUAAUAUACGCUUUAAUGAAAAUGUUUAAUGGUGCGUCGGAUGUGACUCGACGUCAAUCAUUACCAACUAUAUUUGUAAUGCCUUACUUUUCAAUUUUCUUUGUGUUUGAUUUGCAGUCUUACAUAAAUACAAACACUUUU